UAUAAAAACAGCGUUCUAUCUCAGCUACAGAAGCUUGUUCAAUGUCUUCUGCUCAGUUGACGUCGACUGAUUUGAAAUCACGUCUCUGUAUGACCUAGAACUGGUGGGAGGUGGCGAGACAUUUGGUCAAUUGGACGGCGACAUUCCUUCAACCAGGUCACAAUCAGGAACUAGGGAGAAUGCGUGCAGUCUGUGUUUGUUUAUGUCUGGACAUAGUGAUAUUUACAUGGGGGAGUGAGCUAAAGGUCACCUCAAUACUGAAACCUCCGUUUCUUAUGGUCAGCAGGACAACCGGGAAGUAUGAGGGGUAUAUUGUAGACGUACUGAACGCAUUAUCGAAAUCCGACAACUUCACUUACUCCAUUCAGCCGGAAAAAAAUGGCAUCUACGGGGUCAAAGACAAGGGAAAGUGGAAUGGCAUGAUGGGACUGUUAGUUGAUAAGAAAGCCGAUUUGGCAGCUGCCGAUCUGACUGUGAGCGACAAGCGGAGACAGGAUGUGGCUUUUACAAUCCCCAUUUUUCACAGCAGUAAGAGGAUUCUGGUCUGGAGACCGCAGGUUCCCCCGCACAACGGGCUCAAAGUCCUGUUCGAACCCUUCAGUGCGGACGUGUGGGUGAUGCUGAUGGUGGUGUGUAUGAUAGUAGGGAUACUUCUGGCCGUCAUUAACAAAUACAGUCCUUCUGAGUGGAGCAAGAUAUCAGACGCCGAGGAUAAAACCAACAGCAAAGACAGCUUUAAUGUCAACAAUGCGUUGUUCUUUGUUCACAGCACUGUCUGCUGGCAAGGUUUCAAGGACGUUCCGAGGUCUCCAGGCGGUCGCUUUCUAACUUCCAUGUGGAUGAGCUUCGUGUUAUUCAUGAUAACUGCCUACAUCGCCAAUCUAGGCUCGUUCUUAAUUACCAGAAUUCCAAACAAACCCAUCCUUCCAUUCAAGACCUUCCAUCAAAUGGAAAUGCAGUCUGAAGUCAGCUAUGGAACAAACAGUUGGGAUACUUUUCUCCAACAUAGUAAAGAUCCAGUAUUAAACCGGUUGUAUUAUAUUUCAAGAUCUGAUCCAGAAAAUCUGUUUGAAACGAAUGAACAAGGCUACCAGAGGGUUAAAGCGUCGGAGGGAUCGUUUGCUGCCAUAAUGGAAGGUCACGUAGCCGAGUAUUUCGCUGGGCGAGAUUGCAGUGUAAUGGCGAUCGGGGAGAAAAUAGAGCUGACGGAACAAGCUAUAGGUUGUAACAAUGCUUCUCUGUGUAACAAGCUGUCAAACAGCAUCAGUAAACUACGGCUAAAAGACCUCCAACAAAAGUGGUGGCCAAAUAAGUGCAACACAGGACCACUCAGCGAUUACUUAAACAAACCGGAAGUGACGUUGUUACCCCCUGCGCAACCUUUAAAUACUAUUGACCUGUCUAUUGCAUUUAUAUUACUACUCCUGGGUAUCAUCGUCGGCGUCAUCAUGCUGCUGAUCGAGGUUUACAGAGCAAACAAAAAAUCCAAGGAAGAGAGUCCGAUGAAAUUGAAAGCGUCAAAUGGUGAUAAUGCUGUGACGGAUGAAGAAAAGGCGCCAAUUGCUGGAUCGGGAGAAUGUUGAAAUCUCUCAUCUGACGAGGAAGUCCUGCUGGUUGACUGCAGAAAACAUGAAUCGAGCUGAUGAAGUGUUUAAUGUCGUAUAAUCGUUACAAAAUAUCUAUUUCAUGAACUUCAAGAACCGUCGUAUGCGAUCAUAAUCAUCGUUUGGCGCUUAAAUUGAAUGACAGGUACUUAAUUAAUGGAAAAAACAUAUAGACAUUGUUCAAAUUUGUUUGUAGUUUUCAUUCUGUAUUAUUGAAAACUUAGGACUACGCUGUGCGUCAUUUUUCAUCCCUGACGCCUCCAUGUGAAGGUUUCUAUCUCUGGCGUCAAUCUUCUGGACGUAGUACAAAGUCCCAAUUCCUAUUUACCAGCGGUUUUGUUUUUCUUUGUGUUGCAUAUAUACACACACCCCCAUUUUAUUUUUAGUACACGUAGUACCCCUACCCCCACCACCCCCCAUUUUGUUUUUAGUACACGUAAUACCCCCACCCCCCACCCCCCGCGCUGAAUGAGAUUACAGUCAUUGCUCAAAUCAUUUAAAGACAACGAGUGUACAUUAAUUUAAAAGAUGCUGCGCAGUAUCAGACACUUAUUUUAUUUUCACAAGUUUGAUAUUUUAGAUUAAAUACACAUACGUUAUAUAUAUAUAUAUAUAUAUAUAUAUAUAUAUAUAUAUAUAUAUAUAUAUAUAUAUAUAUAAUCUGUGUGGGCGUAUGUUACAAUAUCGAUAGUGUGGUCACGCCUGGUACAUUAUUCUUUUAAUCUUGCCAUGGUAAUUUUUCCGCCCAGGAUUCGGUGAUAUUUUAAGUCUCGUUGAUUACAUUAUAAUUAAAACGAUUUGAAUGCGUAUUUUUCUAUAGCAAUCCGAUAAAUGAUUGUAGAUAGUCCAAUUAAAAUCUUCAAUAGUGGUGAAAACAAAAACAAAAUGUGUCCUUUCAAAUAUUAUUGAAGUAGAAAAUGCAUUCAAUUCAUUCUAGUAUACCCAUCACGUCCAUAAAAAUGGAUGUUGCCUUCGCACGUGCCUUCCUUGUCUAAAAAUAUUGUACAUGACAGUAUCAAUCAUGUACAGAGCUGAAAAUCAUACUUUUCAUGCUGAACAUUAAGAAUGCCUCACGGUUAUCUAGGCAGUUGGACUGUCUAGUCUGGCUAAGGUUCCGCCAUUGUCAAACUGACAUAGGUCUGGACCAAUCUUCGCUUCAAAAUAUUAGUCAAAUCAUAUACAUAUGAUAUAUCAAAAUGUUUGUCUUGUCACAAAGACUGCAAAUACACCAACCAAAUGGCAUAAUCUGGACUUACAAACUUCUUAUCAACAUCAACAGAGGACAUUAGAUUUCUUAGGAGGCAAGAAUUGAUUGAAGUUGUGAAUUAAAUUAUUAGUACAAGGAGUCGUUUCUCCGUUCUUUCUCAGUUACUAACACACUUUCACUUAUAACACUGAAACGUCCUCCAUUGAAGUUUUAGAAAGAUUUCUUGUUUGAAAAUAAUUUUCAUGAAUAAGAUAACUGCAUUAGAGUAGAACCGAUUAUCAGAUGUGUUUGUGCUCACGCAGUUUCAUGUACAUUACACUGCCAUGUUGCAAAAGCUUAAAACAUACUUGUAAGGUUCCCGCCAGUAUGACUAUGGGAGGAACCUUAACCUACAUUAUCCUAGAUCGCCAAAAAAUUCACCGCGGCAUCGGUGGCCAUUGCAUAAAGACUGUUCAUUAAAACCUGCUAUACUUCCAGCCCAAGACCUUACGCCCCAGGAACAUUUACCGUCUAAUAGAACGAUCGUGGACAUUAUAUGAUAUUAAGUGAAUUGCUUUGCAUCGUUUUCUCUCUAUAUUGAUAAAAUCAGUGUUGUGAAGUUAUAUACUCUGUCAGUUUGUUUUGACUAUGUAGUGCAUGUCUUGUAUAUUCUAUGUUGUUCAUUAUAAACGUUAAAUGAAAUAAAAUGAAAUGAAUCUC